GUGUGGUUGAAAACGAGCGCCGUUUCCACGUUCGAGAGACCUCUCUCUAUCAAUCUCUUUCUCUCUCUUUCUCUCCUCUCUUUUCUCUUUCUGUCUUUCUCUCUCUCAAUGUGCCAUUUCAUCGGAACCGGAAUCUUUCUUCCAGUGCAGGUUUACCUAACGGCGUCGCAAGGAUAUUUGCGUUUUGCGGCUAAAUGCAAUCCUAUCACGUUGGUCAAUUCACGUCUGUGACUGGCCAUGCUUUUCUGUAGGGAAAUGGCGGUCCAGUAGACCCGGUGUUAUUUUGAAAAUUACGUCCCUUGCUGUCGAAGCUGCGGACGGGCAUCAUGGAUAUUUCGAGUAUGCUCGAGGUGCAAGUGAAGGAGGAAACAGACGUCAAGGAGAAUGUGACACCAAGACAGGAUCAGGCGUCCAGCGCGACCAGUGUGGUCGCCGCAUCAAUCUCUCAGGACGAGAGCAAUUUCUACAAACUCAUGUUUGGCAGUGAAAUUGCAUCUGUACGGUUUCGUAGAAUUCACUGUACAGCUUGUGAUGUACACAUUGGUUCUGCUCCAGCUCAGGUUCACAACAUGUUUGAACAUCCUGUAUUGCGUGUGUUGUUGUGUAGGAACUGUCGUGAUUUUUAUGGAGAUGGCACCUUUGAACAGGGCGACGAUGCUACGGAUAUGUUCUGCAGAUGGUGUGCUAAUGGUGGCAAUUUAUAUUGCUGUUCGUAUUGUAGCAAUACAUUUUGUUAUAAAUGUAUAAGGAGAAAUUUUACAUCUUUAGUAAGAAAGAAAAUUGAAGCGGAUGAAAAGUGGAAAUGUUUUGUUUGCAAUCCAAGCGAUUUGUAUGGUGCAAGAGCUACGUGUUGGGCUCUACUUCAACAUGUACAAACAGUGACGAGAAUACUUGCACACGACAAAAAAAUGAGCGCCAAGGAGAUCGAAGAAAAAAUGAAUUUGGACGAGGCGUUAUGUUGUCCACGCAGGAGCAAACGUAAACGUCGAAGACUUGAAUCCACUUCUGAGGAGGAAGAUGAAACAUAUUCGCCUAAAGCCAACGGAAUACCAGCAGGAAAUAUAAAACGUAAACAGUUGAAAAAGUUCAGGCGAACCACUCAACCCAUGUUUAUUAAUAUGAACGGUGUUAUGAGAGAUUCCUAUAAGAAUCCAAUACCCAUCAAACCGCGACCGUUGCCCCAGAGUAGUCAAUCUUUGGUUACUCCACAAACCGAACCGCAAUCUGUGAUCAGUCAUAACAAUUCAAUCGUAAAUCCGUCAGAAAGUAUUGUCUUCUCAUCACCUGAUGUUGUAGAAUCAAAUACUUUGCUACCAUCGAGAUUCGAUUCCAAUGCACUGCAACAGCAAUCUUCCAUGUAUCACACAUCUUUCAUGAAUACCUCGGGAUCCAACACUUAUAUCCAAAGGCCUGUCACGAUAGGUCCUACAGGUCGGAUUCUUCUUUCAUCGCAGCCGCAACUAGCUUCGUAUCAACCUCAGCAGGCGAGUUUGUAUCAAUCAUCGCAACCACUUCAAUCUUCGCCGAACACAAUGGUAUCCAUACCACAUCCAGUGGAUAAGCAUGGCAAAUCCUUGUUUCUCCUUCCAAAGCCAAAGAGUGUGGAUACGAUAGUGACUCCAAAUAUAAUCGAACUCGAUAGCGACUCUGAUGAUGAAUUGAAGGUCGUCCAGCAAAAUAAUUCGUCAAUCAAUGAAGGCAACAAUGCGGACAUUAAUUCUGCCAGUAAGGUGGUACCUGUCGCUCUUACUUGGGAGAAUAGUGAUGACGAUGUGAAGGAGGAACAACCUUUGAGAGAGAUGCACACAACUUUGAAAAAGAGGAAUCUCUCCUUCAGGAAUAUAAUGUUACCACACAGUCAAGAACUCGACAAACUUUUAAAUGAUGUGAGAAAACAAGUGAAUGAUUUCGACUUAGAUAAUGCAAUUGAAAACAUUGAAGUGACAGCGGAUCAGAGGAUCAAGCAUUUUUAUUGUAAUAUACGCAACACAGUUGUUCAGUUAGUGCACAUUAAUGAUCGAAUAUUACGCCAAUAUCUUGAUUGGAGAAGAUCUUGGAAAACGGAAAGAGAAGUGUCAUCUUCGACCAGUAAAGAUGCAUCAUUAUCUGAAAGAAAAAUAGAAAUUCCUUUAGAUAUGAUUUGCGUUAACGAGUCUGAUACUGAAUCUGAUUGCGAGGAUCAGAAACAUCAGAUCACAGAGCCGUCUGAUUUAAUUAAAAAUAAUAACAUUGUUAAAGAUUUGUUAUUUUCUAAAAAGAGUUUUGUGCAUCGUGGUGUUGGUGAUAAUAGUGCGCAUUUAUCUGUGGAUAAAGCGGUACAAGUAUACGACAUAGUUUCAAGGGAUUAUGAAAAACUUAUUGGUUAUUCUAUGCUUUCGAAAAGUGAUCACGAUCCGAAGACAGAUGAUAGUGUUUUGAAUACAGUAGUCGCACCUGACAAAAAUUUCGGCAAAUACGAGGAGCAGUUUAUUUUCUACUUACAACACAUCGAAGACAAUGGCAUUCAAACAGAAGAUACGAGAAAUUUGACAGAUUUGAAUAAAAUUCCAAUUCAAGAACUUACGACAAUAAAUUCACUCUUUGUUUCGCAACUUCUCCAAGAUAUUGAUUCAUCUGUCACACCUGAAAUGAACACUGAUCAAUCAAAAGAUGAAGAAAAAAAAGAUUCGACGAAUAAUAUUAUUUCGAUGACUAAAGAUGACAAAAGUAACACACUGGAUAUAAACGAUAUAGAAAAUGUUGAUAAUUUCAACACGAAUAUACAGGCAUCACAAUUAGAUGAUAAUUUGCAACAAACGGAAUCACAGAAAAUUCAUGCGGAUACAAUAGAUAAAUUAAUUUUGACAUCAGAUAAUGAAGCAAGUUCAAGUAAAAUUGAUGAUAUGACAGAUUUGAAUCCAAAUUUGGAAGUAGUUACUACCACAGGAAGCGAAGAGGAUUGUACUAUUAUCGAUGAUUAACGAGAGGAAUUGUUUAUUAAUGUACAGGUUAAAUACUCUUAUAUUAUAAUGAUAAAUUGCAAUUAAUUAUUAUGUAAUAAAAUUAUGAUUUGGAAUUUUUGUACUGAGCGAGUGCAGUGUCUCAGAAACAGUUUACAUUGUAUCAAAGUUGUACAUUUUAUUCUUAGAUUUUAAAGAGCUCCGACAUGAAGUAGAAAUCUUCAUAAAAGUAAUUAAAUCCAUUCUUUUUGCGUUUAUUUAAAAUAAUCUGUAUCUAUAUAUUCUAAAUAUGUAUUUGUAUAGGCAAUUUUGUCAGAAAUUUAUUUUGACGAAUAUCUUAAGAAAGUCGACGAAUAUCUUACGAAAUCUUUAAAUUAUAUGUGUAAUUGUAAUUGUUUAAUUCAAUCAGCGAACUAGCAAUAAGUAACGUAAGUUUUCUUGGAAAUUUAUUAUUUACUAAUCUAUUUGCACAUCUUGAUUCUCUGUUUUUCUUGAUAACGUAAUAUUAUUUUUCGAUGCUCUAUAUUUCUAUUAAAAAA